AUGGGACCCCUUCGAGGAGCCUACAAUAAAAAUGCAGACCCUGCCCUCACUGAGGAACAGCUGUCUGAACUCGACAUUAACUUUUCGACAUUUCGAAAACAAUUAACAUGUCCUGCAUGUUUCAAAACCACUACUUUCCAUAGACAUGGGUCUUCAAAUAAAGAACCCUUCCAGCCUCAAUUUUCAUGCACCUCCUGUCACAAAGCUGUAAAAGCUUUUGAAAUGUACCCUAUAGUCCGUUCUGCUGCACAAAAUCAACAACCGUUGUCUCUAACGACCUCCAACGUGGAGAUUAUGCCACCCGAAUUGGAAUCUACUACUGCCAGCAACAGCCAAUCUGAACUUAUUAAGCAGUUAUGCCAAACUGUCGAGCAGUUGACUGCAGAACUCUCUCAAGCACGUAGUGAAAUCCAAAACUUACAUGCCCGACUUAACAACAUGCCUGCCGUUACAACAACAUCGGAGUUUCCCACCCUCCAGGAAUCCCAAACCCAGCUUACUAAAUUCCCAGAUGCUCCUUGGAACAACAAAGAGAAAGUACAAGCACUUAAACAACCUUCACUUCAACAACGUGAACAACGCCGUCUCCAACGAGAAGCUGCAGCCGCCCGCUUCUUUCAACCACCAUCAUUGAACCAAGGUUUCAAGUUCCUCUACAUCCCAACAAAAGCCCGAAUUCCUGUUGGCACCUUACGCACUACCUUUCGAAAACUUGGUGUUAAUAAUGCUCGAUUACUCGACAUUCAUUAUCCCGCUCGUAAUACAGUUGCCAUUCUUAUCCAUAAUGAUUAUGAAACCGAAUUUACAGACCUUCUACGCCACCAUAACAUUACAAUCAAAGCAGAUUUUAACCCCUCCAGUGGUAAGAUCCUUGCAGAUCCCAAGUACUCCACUCUU